UAAUAAUAUUUGUUGUUUGUAAUAAAGACUAUAAAUACUGCUCUGUAAAACAAUAAAAAUCAGUUCGAUCAUUAAAUUCACUCGUGGUUGUUACUGAAGGUAUAGAGUAUAUUAAGAAAUAGAUAUGGCGAGUAACUCGAACACAACAGACUUCGAUUCAGUGCAAGCAUUAAAUGUUCUUGCUGUUAAAGCAAAGGACGAUGAUAGAAGCUUGAAAUUGAAUAUUGUAAUUUCUGUGCAGCUUCAAUUGUAUUUAUUGGCUUUGUUAAUAAGGAAAAAGCAAAUUUUACUCAGAUUAAACAAACCACGAAAGAGAAGGUUUUGGAUAAGAGAAAUGUUGAAGAAACGCUAGCAGGAAAGUCAAUUUCAUAUUUUGGUUGAAGAGUUAAAAUUGCACGAUCGAGAGUAUUUUUUCAAGUUUUUAAGAAUGAGUCCAGAGAGGCUAGAGCAUCUAUUAAAUCUUGUUGCCCCCUACAUUACAAAAAAGAAAUGCAACAGCAGAAUACCAGUUUCUGCAGGAGAAAGACUUGUCGUUACUUUGCGAUAUUUAGCUACGGGGGAUUCCCAACAAUCCCAAGCCUUUAAUUUCAGAUUGGGAAAAAGCACAGUUUGUAAUAUCAUAAAAGAAACAUGUAGUGGAAUAUGGAAUUCUUUAUGUACCACAUACCUGAAGGCUCCAAAGUCUGAGCAUGAAUGGAAAGAGAUCGCAAAUGAAAUGUUUACUCAGUGGAAUUUUCCAAACUGCAUAGGUGCAUUGGAUGGAAAACACAUUGCAAUUGAAUGCCCUGCCAAUAGUGGAUCUAAUUUUUUUAAUUACAAAAAGGUUUAUAGUAUCGUAUUGAUGGCCAUGUGUGAUGCUAGGUACUGUUUUACAUUGGUGGAUGUUGGAAAUAAUGGAAGAGACAAUGAUGCACAAAUUUUCAAUAAUUCAGCAAUGGGCAAAGCUUUGUCAAAUAAUGAAUUAAAUGUUCCAUCCUGCAGUUCCAUUGUUGGCCAUACACUGCCUUAUGUUGUUGUAGCCGAUGAAAUCUUUGCACUCAAACCAUGGUUAAUGAAGCCAUAUGGUGGUAAAGGAUUACCACAAGAUAAAGAAAUAUUUAAUUACAGACUUAGUCGUUGCAGACGAACAAUAGAAAACAGUUUUGGCAUCCUUUCAGCAAGGUGGAGGAUUUUUCGCCGCCCAAUCAAAGCCAAGCCUGAAACAGUUGACUUGAUUAUAAAAGCAUGCUUAUGCCUGCAUAAUUAUUUACAGCUAACAUACAAUGCCCAUUACAUCCCAGCUGGUUUUGUAGAUGCUGAAGAUACUACAGGUAAUAUCGUACCUGGUAACUGGAGAAGCAUUACAUCAGGUGAUAAUGGUGCAAUGGAAGCAUUCUCAGUUGGAAGGGCAAAUAAUAGAUCUUCCUUUGAAGCUAUUGAAGUUAGAGAAAAAUUCAAGAAAUAUUUUACAAGCAAAGAGGGAUCCUUGUCUUGGCAAGUCACUUAUGUUAAUAGUUUUUAAAGUUAACUGACAUAUUGUUUGGAGUAUAGUCUAACCAUAAUCUGCACCACUAAUUUCAGGUUUCAUAUAAAUAAAAUUAUUAAGUUGUUAAUAGCCUUGUUAUUACAAUAGUUGACCACAUGGUUUUUAUUCACAGAUCAGUGAUAGUUAUUUGUAAAAAGCCAACCUCAUUGCAGCAUAAUUUAGCAUAGUUGUGUGUAUGCAAAUAAGCAUUUGAGUUAAAAUUUAUCCUAUCAACAUCUUUUUAUGCUUGAUGGCAAAUGAAAUUAUUUGCUCCAGGACUAUUGACUCGAUGUUAUCUACAACAUUUACACUGCAUUGCAAGAUUUUAGACAUUGUAAAAUAUAUAUUUGAAACUAACAUGUAUUAUGAACAUUAAUUUUAAACUAUGUAAACAAUAA